ACCGAGCAUUGCAUCGACUCCAAGAUGGCGAAAGCACGUCUGGCUUGCCUCCUGACUCUCCUCUCAACUCACUGCUACUUAAGUGUGUUGGCAGUGGUGCUGAAAACGAACAACAACUCACCGUGGACCGAUGAGUUUGACAAAAUCGAGUUAUCGUGUUUGAUUGAGUCCAUUACUACAACCAAUCCCAGAAUCGAAUGGAAGAAGAUAACUAACGACGGACCAAGUUAUGUAUACUUUGACAAGAAGAUCUCAGGUGACCUCGAGAACAGAGCAGUGAUCAGAGAACCUGCCACGUUACUGAUUACCAAUGCCACAAGAUCGGACACAGCAAAAUAUCGUUGUGAGGUCACUGCUGCUGAUGACCACAAGUCAUUUGAUGAGAUUGUGAUUGACCUUGUUGUAAGAGUGAAGCCAGUGGUGCCAAAAUGCAGCGUCCCGAAAUCGGUGCCUUUUGGGAAGUCAGCUGAGCUGAGCUGCGUGGAAGAGGAGGGCUUCCCCAAGUCUGAGUACCAGUGGUUCAAGAACAGGGAGGAGGUUCCCGACGACCCCAAGACCAGCCUCAAGUUCUUCAACUCCUCGUACACGCUUGACGCAGAAACAGGGACGCUGAAGUUCAACGCAGUCAGAAAAGAAGAUGCAGGGGACUAUUUCUGUCGAGCGAAGAACGAUGCAGGAUACUCUGAGUGUCCACCCCAGAAGAUGGAAGUGUAUGAUAUUGAUGUGGUGGGGAUCAUACUGGGAGUGCUGGUGGUGGUCGUGGUGCUCCUGUGUAUAACAGUGGGCAUCUGCUGUGCGUACAAGCGAGGCUACUUCUCCAGCCAAAAACAGACGGGGAACAAUUACAAAGUUCCAGCUAAAGGAGACGGGGUGGACUACGUCAGGACGGAAGAUGAGGGGGAUUUCCGACACAAGUCGUCAUUUGUGAUCUGACAAGGGAGAGGAAGACGAGGGGCGUCGUGCUGAGCGAACGACAUGACGUGUGGGACUGCGCUCCAUGCUGUCUGACCACGGAGCUGCCACAGUUCAUGCUCUUGCUUCUCAGCACGACCGAAAUCCAACUACUCAAAGUUUGCCAAAGGUGACAAGAUUUCACAGGACAACAAUAUGUCAAACGAUUACACACGUAGGGACGGAGGUGAACAGGUCAACUUUUAUCUCCACCAGCUGAAUUCUUUUGCUAAAUUGCGGAGUUGUUACUUUACAGUUCUUGCACGAUUUUAAACACUAAUGGAGGUGGAGAGCAGGAAAGAGAAGGAGGAGUCUCUCUCUCUCUCCUCCACAGUCAGUCAAUCAUGAUACAUUUCUACUGUAAACUGUCAGCUUCAAACCUUUUGUCAUAUGUAUAACAUUUCUUUUCUACUGUUGAAAUUUGUCAGACUAUUUUUGAUGGAAUAUAUUUUAAAAUGCCUAUAGAUAAAGGUUUACUUUUUUAAAUAUUUGUAAAAUACUAACAUGUUUUUUUUAUUAUUAUUAUUUGGUUGUGGAUGAAAAAUAUGUAAUACUUUAACCACUUUGCAUCAAGCUGUAAGCAUUUACACCUCUGCAAUCAGAAAAAAACAACAGAUGAAAAAUGACUUGUAUUAGCAUAUCAAGAUGUGGUUCUUGAUUAGCGGUCUUACAUAUUUAAUUUCUCCGCUGGGAAAGCCCAGUUUGUGUUGCGAGAGACUUCCAUGUUGAUGUUUGUAGAUAGUCUUAGUAAGAGGCUUUGAAGAGUGCCAGUCAAAUGCUGUGAAACACUGUCCACAAUCAGUGCUGCGUUUUCUUGAUUUUAAGUGUCCUUCUAUGCUUGCUGUUGAUCUUGUAUAUAUUGAAUUUACUGUCCAGGAUAGAGUUUUGCUGUCAUACAUAUGUUCAGUAUUACACUAUAGUAAUAAUAAUAAUAAUAAUAACAAUAAUAAUAAUAAUAAUAAUAAUAAUGAUAAUGAUUAUGCAGGGUUUGCAGGUUAACCUUCCAGACCCAAACAAAGACAAAGUUGAACAGACGGUACCAACAAAUCCCACAGUGUAAAAGCCUCAAUUUGAAUUCUAAAUUGGACGAUGUGACACACAGAACACAGACCUCUUUGUUCCUGUGAGUGACAUUUACAGCCUGUUAUCAAGACCAGGUUAUUUUAACUACUGAGUCGCCUAUUUUUAAGCUGUAAUUACUCAAGGUACCACCAGCAUCAGUGGAAAUGUUCCAGCUCCACAGGAGAUACACAGUCAGGUGAUAUUUGCUAAUGUCCAAUUUGUUCACAAACUGUUUUUCUAAUAAUUAGUCUUGACUUCGUCUAACAUUUCUAACAUUUUUAGUUGUGACUAAAAGUUUUAGUUAGAAAGAAAAAUGAUUUUAGCUUCGACUGAAGCUCCAUUUCUCUCAGAGAAGCUGAAGCAAACAGAACCGACCCUACACUGCAGUGUGACCGUAACAUACAGCUGGGGUCUGGAGGGUUAACACUUGUACUGAUUGUAUAUAGAUUUUUCUCUCUCUCUUUCUCUCUCAAGAUAAUGUAAAGUGGUGGAAAAUGUAAAAAAAAAAAAUCCUAUUUGAGGCGAUAUGAAACUCUUUCCAUUUGUAAGGCUGAGAAAAGGGAACAUUUUAUCAUAUCAUUCAUAACAUGUAAAGAUGAGCUUCUGAACAGCAGCAUAGAAAAAACGCCUCGACCCUUUUGAAAAGUGAUACAGAACAAACACCUUCAAUAUUCUGUUGUUUCUGGCUUCUUCUCGUCAUCUUUUGGAGCUCCAACCUCAUAAAACAGCCACAAUAUGCAUGGGUGCUCAUGGAAGUCCAAUGCAGCUCAUAUGAAUCUCUCGCUCCACUGUUAUGAAUGUUUUAUACUGGAGUGUGGUAAAAUGUUAACUGACUAUCAGUCAUGGUAGAGACGAUCUGCCCAACAUUUGCACAUAGGAAGACACUGCUCAGUCUUUUUUCCAAGUUAACAUGUUGCUCUAAGGAACCAAGAGAAACAAUGUACUAUUGUACCAGUAAACCCAGUGAAGUUGAAAAAUGAAUCCUGUUCCAGGUACAUUACAGUCUAUAGUGAGAUACAAGUCACAGGUGCAUAAGUUCCUCCUCAUUUCUACAAAUCUCAUUCCUCUUAAGUGCCUUCUGCCUUUACAGUAGUCCAUUUUCUCCCUGAUCUCUCUCCCUCUUGUUUGUGUCUACAGUGCAGUCACGCUUCACGUUUCGCUUUCAUUUAACUAUGGCGUUUGAGAGGAAUGAUGUCACCGUGAAUUUCCACCUCCCGUCUUUACAUAUCUGCAAAUUUGUAAAUAGCUUUUUUUUUUCAUAGAUUUGAAGGUGUAGACAUGUUGAAGUAGACAUAGAAAUAUAUUAGUGCCUAAAUAUAGUGGGAAUUAUUUUUGGUAAAGACACACGGCACUACUAGGCAAAAGAAAAAUAUGGACACCCAAAGCAGGGGCGUUUAUAUGGGCUCUGGUUUAGAACAGGUUUUAAUGGGGGUAUGUUUUUCAUUUAUAACACCAAUACUGUGUGGAAUUUUAUUUUGGAACCCACUGCUGUGCCACUGCUUUUAGAAAUGAACACAAAGUAUUCAUAGAAGUGUCAUGCAGCUGUAAUACAGCUGUAAUGAUUCAGGCAUCAUGAGUGUUUUAUAAUCCAGAGUUCAUGCAAAGUGUCGACCGCAUAAAAAAAACAGGAAGUCUAGUGCAGCAGCGACAUUGACCCCCAGACAGUCCGGAUCUGGUUGGGUGUUGUGAUAGAGAUUAUAUUUGCAUCACACUGAGAGAUGGUUUCCAAAGUGUUGUGUGCAAGUUAACAGCUCUGUUAAACUAUUAUUGACUGAGGACUGGUACAUGUAUGAACAUGAUUUUCUGAACCAAACUCACACACAGUAGAAUGUCCAUUCAGGGCCUGCUGGGUUUGUUUUGUUUUUUUCUUUCUUUCUUUAUUUCUUUGUUUUUUUUUUUGUUUUGUUUUUUUUUUUUAGAACCACUCAAUUUGUGAUUAAUAAACUCACUUCUAAUA